AUGGUCGGGCGUUUUACACCAGACGCGGCGAGCUCGCCGGGAGGUGCCUCGUCGCAGGCCGCUGCAGACAGUGUCCCGGACCUGGUUGUGGCUACCGAGCACUCUGCGGAAAACGCGGACGCAACCGGUACGAAACCCGAAAGCGACACGCUUCGCACGUCGGGCUCGAGUUUGAAAAGCGUGCUGGGUGAGUUUGCCAACUUGCUGAAAGGAUUCCUCGGUUUGAACUUUCUCUACGUUUCCUAUGCGUUUUCCUACGCUGGCGUGACGCGAGGCAUUCUGGGUUUGGUCCUAGUCAGUCUGUUGACCUUCUAUGGCUGUGUCUUACUCGUGCGCGUGAAGCGCCAUAUCCCAGCAGAAUGGUGGCAGAGACAACGCGGCGGCACAGAACCUGGCUCAGAACGUGCACCGUUCGCAGAGGUCAGUUCGGACUCUCCGGGGGCAGCGUCGUGUGUGCCCGCUCGACAAGUGCUUUACGGCGACGUUGGUGCCUAUGCCUUUGGUCGUGCCGGAGAGCUGGUCGUGAAUCUGGCGCUCCUGCUGACCCAGUUCGGGUACUGCACGGGGUAUCUGAUUUUCCUCGCCCAGACCAUACAUGACCUGACGCGCUGCGACUGUGCGCCAGCCUGGUUCCUCCUCAUCCCGCUGCCCAUCGUGCUCACGUUGGCGCUUCUGCGGUCGGUGCGGAAGUUGACACCAUUCAGUUAUCUAGCCAAUAUCGGUAUUUUCGUCGGGUUCAGUGCGGUGCUUGUAUUCCUCAUGGCAAACUUUCAAUAUCGACCGUAUUCGCCUUUGUUCUGGAAGUGGCCCGUGUUCUUUGGACAGAUGAGCGCUGCACUGGAAGGCAUCGGUGUGGUCUUGCCAGUCGAAGGGAGCAUGAAGAAUCCCCGUCGCUUCAACGUUAUCCUGAGCGCAACGAUGGUGCUCAUGGGGGCGAUUCUUCUGCUCAUCGGAUUGCUGGGUUUCAUGACCUUUGGCAAGCAGACUCGCUCGAUCAUUCUCCUGAAUAUGGGUCACAGCGCGGCCGUGCGUAUUGUGAAGAGCGUUGCCUGUAUCGGUAUUCUUUUUACAUAUCCACUGCAGCUGGUACCCAUUGUUCAAGCGCUCGAGGCCUGGCUGGCAACCACGACGUGGCUUCGAACGCGUCAACUGGGUACUGGAUCGGCGCAUUCAGGCGAGCCACUGCCAAGCCGGCAUCCGGAACCUUUCGAUGAGACUGUAUCUAUAGACGCUAUUCAGGUCGUCGAAACUCGCAUUACGCCCGAGCGUAAAGCGUCUCGUGCAAUCGACGGGGAGCAAACGCCAGAGCCUCUUGACGAGCGACUCGAUUCCAUCGAUAUUGUCGACGUGCGAGUUGCUUCAGAGCAGCGCGAUUCGGGUCCGGGCAGCGCGCUACUGUUCGAAGAAUCUGGCGGUUCCAAAGCGGCGAUUUCGACAUCUCCGGUCCCUGUACCAGAUCAUAUCGAUGCAUUCGGUGCGCCUGGUGGAGCCUCGCCGCCAUCUCCGCAGGCCAGCGCACCAGCUGAGGCACCGCCGGAACCGGCCCCGCCCAUCGCCGCAGACCGGGCACCGCUGGCGAGGAGAGUCGCAACCCUCUAUUGCACCUAUUUCACUGACGAGCCCGCUGCCGUUCUCGUGCGUGUUUCGCUUGUCAUUGGCACCGUUGUCGCAGCAGUCAUCGCCGGCAAAGAUUUCGGACUUUUCCAAUCACUUGUGGGUGCGCUCGGUGCAGCGACACUCGCGUACACGCUGCCGGCGCUCUUUCAUCUGCGUGUGUUUUGGCAGCGACUCUCCACAUGGGAGCGAGCACUCGACAUUUUCAUGCUAGCAUUCGGCGCUGUAGCGACUUUGAGCGCCACGACAACGACCAUCGCCGAGAUGGUGCGCGGUACUGCAUCCGGAAUCGCCUAG